AGAUAUUUCUUCACCUUUAUCUCGUUUUUCCCUCUGAACUCAAACAUCCUUUGACUACCUAGGUACCUGGUACCUAUGAUACAACACUGCCAACAUGGAUAAAUGGCCUCAAGAGCUUUAUGACCGCGUCAUUUUCUUCUGCUUAAAGCGUAUACAUGCUUCUAACCCAGCUUUUUUGGCGCUUGCAACUGUGUCCCGGAAGUUUCAAAACUCGGUGGAGAGCCAUUCCUUUCGAAGGCUUCUUAUUACAGCCACCGAGUCAAAGCUAAAUGAGUUAGAACGAAUUUUAACCCCUCGGCGUCGUAACUUUCUACGGCAGCUCUCUCUUAAGAUGACUCUACCGCCAUAUUCUUCUAAAUACUUUACCGAGUUUGAGACAGACCAAGACCGCAGGGCCAAUAAUGAGGUUAUCACCGCGGCGUUAAAGAGGGUUUUCUAUCUGAUUUCUACAUUAUAUGGUCAGGAUGCCGAUAUGGAGCCGAUACUCGUGCUGAACAUCCUGGGAGCAUCUUCGCCCUCGGACAAAGGAGUAAGACUAUUUUUGCCAAAGGUUCCCGCUGAUUAUCGAUACCAAGUAAGACUGGAUCUCAAUGAGCAGCGUUAUAAUUUCUCCCUGCUCGAUCUCACAUCUGACGUUUCCGACUUCCCACUCCUGCCUUGUGUUCGAGAGUUUACAAUUUCUGAUGGACGCCGUAAUUGGAGUCCGCGUGUCGCAAUGCUUCUUUCUACGAAGAUGACAAAAGCCGAGAGUAUUAGUUGGCAUUUGGAUCGCCGCGAGGAUAGCUGGGGUCGGUACUAUAGCAUGGAUCGCACAUACCGGGACGAGCUGGUUAAGAGCAUCACCUCGGCAGACCUUCCAUCAUCUACCAAGAAGUUCCUUUGUCACAUAGUUCCGCCGUGGACUGAAAACAGGCAAAAGCUACUUUCCCAGUUCAUCGCACCUGGAGAUCAAGACCCAGUCAGCCGUGCCUUGCAACACCUUACAAGGAGCUGUUUGACAGUCCAUAUAAUCGCUCCCAUACAUCACACAUUUUACAAUUCACUGGCUGAUAUGGAGGAUGACGUUGGGCAAUGGAAGAAUGUAAAAACUCUAAAGGCCACGGUCUACAUGCAAAAUCCAUCUGGAAAGUGGUUAUUUAAGCUCGGAAACGGUUUUAUUGAGGACCAAGACUCACUAAUUACACUUGAUCACCUUCCACCUGGUUAUGGGAACACUAAUGAGGAGUUGGAGGAACGCGAAAAGUUUUACUACCAACACAUGGUCCAGCCAGGUAGACGUGAUGACCCUGAGAGAGUUAUCCCCGACGAUAUUGAGCUGAACAGUUUGUUUACAGCUUUCGCACGGGCCUGUUGCCGCUUACCAGUUCUUAGGGAGGCUCCUGUAGAGGUUGGGUGUCUGGCGCCAGGGACGCCGUUCCCAAGAGGCAAACAAAUGCACUCGCAUAACAAAAACUCGUGGAGAGUCUACUUCUAUCUCCACCAGUGGAGACCUUCCGAAACUACAAUUGAGGAGCUUAAGAUGAUCGGAAGGAUAAGAGAUGGGUGUGAUCCUGUGUUUCUAUGGGGAGAAUGA